CCCCGGCCCCCUUUGCCACUUCCUCUCCAAUAGUCAUCGUUUUCUCCGUUUCCUCUAUUCGAUAAUUCAAUUUUUUAUAAAUAUUUUCGUAUAAUUUCUCCAAAAUUAUUGAUUUUCCAUUUUUGGAAUUUUCUCUUCUCGAUCUAUCCUGUUCGGGUUGAGAGAGGAGAGGGGAAAAUGGCGCAUAGAGUAGAUCACGAAUACGAUUACCUUUUCAAGAUCGUGUUGAUCGGCGAUUCUGGAGUUGGAAAAUCGAAUAUUCUCUCUAGGUUCACCAGAAACGAGUUUUGUUUGGAAUCUAAAUCCACUAUUGGCGUCGAGUUCGCUACCAGAACUCUCCAGGUUGAGGGAAAGACUGUUAAGGCACAGAUUUGGGAUACGGCUGGUCAGGAGAGAUAUCGAGCUAUCACUAGUGCUUACUACAGAGGAGCUGUUGGUGCACUUCUUGUCUAUGACAUAACAAAGAGGCAAACCUUUGAUAAUGUUCAAAGGUGGCUGCGCGAAUUGAGGGACCAUGCGGAUUCUAACAUUGUCAUCAUGAUGGCCGGAAAUAAAUCUGACUUGAAUCAUCUCAGAGCUGUUUCUGAGGAAGAUGGCCAUGCUCUGGCUGAGAGGGAAGGUCUUUCAUUUCUCGAGACAUCAGCGCUGGAAGCAACCAACAUCGAGAAGGCAUUCCAAACCAUAUUGAAUGAGAUCUACCAUAUCAUAAGCAAAAAGGCAUUGGCUGCUCAGGAAGCAGCUGCUAAUACCACGCUUCCAAGCCAAGGAACCACCAUUAACGUUGCUGAUGCAUCAGGGAACGCUAAAAAAGGAUGCUGUUCUACUUAAAAAGGUGAUAGGUUAUAUUUGAGAAGGUAUAAUAUUUGCUAGCAUGCAGGCCUUUUCUUUUCUUUUUCUUUUUUUUUUUUUUUCCUUUUUACUUGUCUUUUUAUUUUCUCUUCUUUUCCCAUCCUUUUUUUUUUUUUGGUCAAUUUUUGGCUAAGAGAAACACAUGUAGAAUACGUAUUUUUACUUAGUUGUAAUUGUGACAAGGAAGAUUGUGAUAUUUUAAACAACAAUGUUGUUAGCAGCAUGGAAAGGUCUGCUUUUA